AUGACCGAGAUACAACUUCCAACAGAGCCUCGAAACGACGAGAUAACCAACAAGAGAGAGACUGAUGCUGCUGUGCCAUCAGAACUUGAAGUCAUGGGGGCAAAACAAGAGCUUAUCACAUUGGCAGCUCCAGACACGGCAAGCCCCGAGAUCAAGUAUCCCGGACUUUUCUUGUCUUCUGUACUUCAUGCUGCACUGCUUCUCGCAAUGUUUCUUGUGGCUCUGGACAUGACAAUUGUAGCCACCGCGAUCCCCACUAUUACAGCCGAGUUCCACAGCGUUGACCAGGUCGGCUGGUACGGAUCUGCAUUCUUCAUGACUCUCGCAGCAUUUCAAGCCUUCUGGGGUAAAGCCUACAAAUACUUCUCUCUGAAAACUGUUUUCAUCGUUUGUAUUCUCAUUUUUGAGACAGGGAGUCUGGUUGUGGCUUUGGCGCCGAGCAAUUUCGCUCUUAUCAUCGGUCGUGCCAUUCAGGGAGCUGGCGGUGCGGGCGUCUCGGGAGGCUGUUAUAUUAUUGCUGCAUUUAUUACACGACCUAAACAUAUGGCUCAGGUCAUUGGCCUCUUUACUACAGCAUGGGCGUGUGCCUCGGUUCUUGGUCCUGUCCUUGGUGGUGUUUUUACUGAAAAUGUUUCUUGGAGAUGGUGUUUCUGGGUGAACUUGCCAACUGGGGGCCUCGCCAUAAUUGCUAUCAUGUUUCUAUUUCAAACACCAACACACUCACGCCUUGCUCAGGUUCCAGCCUGGAAAGAAUUGCCCUUCCUAUUCGACACAGGGGGCUUGGUGCUCUUGCUGGCAGCCUUGACCUGCCUUUUGCUGGCUUUGGAAAUAGGCGGGGUGACCACACCCUGGAGCAACAGCGUGCCCAUAGGACUCCUGGUUGGAUUUGGUCUGAUAAUUAUUAUCUUGAUCGUGCUGGAAUGGUGGAACGGUGAAAAGUCAAUGGUGAUUUUUCGUAUCGUGAAACAUAGAACCACUUUUGCGUUUUGUGUUUUUGGGUUUUGCGUCCACUCAGCCAGCUUCGCACGGAAUUAUAACUUGCCAAUAUAUUUUCAGGCCGUACAAGGUGCUUCUCCGUCAGAAUCUGGGAUUCACACACUCCCUACAGUGCUUACAGCCUCAAUUGUAGGUUACGUAGGAUCCUUCCUAGUUGGCAAAGUCGGUUACUGGCAGCCGUUCUUCUGGAUUGGAUGUAUAUUUUCUGUGGUCGGGGGCGGCUUGAUAUAUUCUCUGGACCUCGAUUCUUCAGCUGCCCAGUAUAUUGGCUACCAAAUCGUGGUUAGUAUUGGAACUGGCUUAACCAUUUCCAUCCCCAUUAUCAUCGCGCAGGCGACCUCGUCCCCCGCCGAUAUGUCUGUCACUUUGUCCAUGGCACUUUUAUUCCAAUUCCUCGGCGCCACCAUCGGUGUCUCAGCAGCAGCGAGCAUCAUGGACAACGUCAUUAUCUCAUCUCUGCCAGCCGACAAUCCCAAUAUAACCGCCGCGAAAGUUCUCGCAGCAGGUUCCUCAAGCCUACUCGAAUUCUUCCCAAAUCCUGAAGACCUCAAAAUUGUAGUGAAAGCUUACAUGAGUGGGCUUCGGGCUGCGUGGAUCUGGUCCAUCGCACUUCCAGGAGUGGGACUCGUGGCUUCUCUUUUCGUGGAGUGGAAAAGCUUGCGGCCGAAGGAUAUUAAAAGAGCUGAGGCAAGUAAGGUAGCAUCAGGGAUACCAUCUGAGGCAUGA